GCUGUUGUGGAAUUACAAACUGAACCUGACUACUGAUCCCAAAUUUGAAUCUGUGGCAAGAGAGGUUUGUAAGUCAACCAUAUCAGAGAUUAAAGAAUGUGCUGAUGAGCCAGUUGGAAAAGGUUACAUGGUUUCCUGCUUGGUGGAUCACCGGGGCAACAUCACUGAGUAUCAGUGCCAUCAGUACAUUACCAAGAUGACAGCCAUCAUUUUCAGUGAUUACCGUUUAAUCUGUGGCUUCAUGGAUGACUGCAAAAAUGACAUAAACAUUCUGAAAUGUGGCAGCAUUCGUCUUGGGGAAAAGGAUGCACACUCACAAGGUGAGGUGGUAUCAUGCUUGGAGAAAGGCCUGGUGAAGGAAGCAGAAGAAAAAGAGCCCAAGACUCAAGUGUCUGAACUCUGCAAGAAAGCUAUUCUUCGGGUGGCUGAGCUAUCCUCAGAUGACUUUCAUUUAGACCGGCAUUUAUAUUUUUCUUGCCGAGAUGAUCGGGAACGCUUUUGUGAAAAUACACAGGCUGGUGAAGGCAGAGUAUAUAAGUGCCUCUUUAACCAUAAAUUUGAAGAAUCAAUGAGUGAAAAGUGUCGAGAAGCACUAACAACCCGCCAAAAGCUCAUUGCCCAGGAUUAUAAAGUCAGUUAUUCAUUGGCCAAAUCCUGCAAGAGUGACCUGAAGAAAUACCGGUGCAAUGUGGAAAACCUUCCUCGCUCCCGGGAAGCGAGGCUCUCCUACCUUCUAAUGUGCCUUGAGUCAGCAGUACACAGAGGGCGUCAAGUGAGCAGUGAGUGCCAGGGGGAGAUGUUAGAUUACCGGCGCAUGCUGAUGGAAGACUUCUCUCUGAGCCCCGAGAUCAUCCUGAGCUGUCGUGGAGAGAUUGAGCACCAUUGUUCUGGGUUACAUCGGAAAGGUCGAACCCUGCACUGUCUGAUGAAAGUAGUUCGGGGGGAGAAAGGGAAUCUUGGAAUGAACUGCCAGCAGGCGCUUCAAACACUGAUACAAGAGACUGAUCCUGGUGCAGAUUACCGCAUUGAUCGAGCUUUGAAUGAAGCUUGUGAGUCUGUAAUACAGACAGCCUGCAAACAUAUACGUUCUGGAGACCCAAUGCUGGACCCUGUCUUAUACCGAAAGUGCCAGGGAGAUGCUUCUCGACUUUGCCACACCCAUGGUUGGAACGAGACUAGUGAACUUAUGCCUCCUGGAGCUGUGUUCUCUUGUUUGUACAGACACGCCUACCGCACCGAGGAACAAGGAAGGAGGCUCUCACGGGAGUGCCGAGCGGAAGUGCAAAGGAUCCUACACCAGCGUGCCAUGGAUGUUAAACUGGACCCUGCCCUCCAGGAUAAGUGCCUGAUAGAUCUGGGGAAGUGGUGUAGUGAGAAAACAGAAACUGGCCAGGAGCUUGAGUGCCUCCAGGACCAUCUGGAUGACUUGGCCGUGGAGUGCAGAGACAUAGUGGGCAACCUCACCGAGUUAGAAUCAGAGGACAUUCAGAUAGAAGCCUUGUUGAUGAGAGCCUGUGAGCCCAUAAUUCAGAACUUUUGCCACGAUGUAGCAGACAACCAGAUAGACUCUGGGGACCUGAUGGAGUGUCUGAUACAGAACAAACAUCAGAAAGAUAUGAAUGAGAAGUGUGCCAUUGGAGUUACCCACUUCCAACUGGUGCAGAUGAAGGAUUUUCGUUUCUCAUACAAGUUUAAAAUGGCCUGCAAGGAGGAUGUGUUGAAACUUUGCCCCAACAUAAAAAAGAAGGUGGAUGUAGUGAUCUGCCUGAGUACCACAGUGCGCAAUGACACUCUGCAGGAAGCCAAGGAGCACAGGGUGUCCCUGAAGUGCCGCAAGCAGCUCCGAGUGGAGGAGCUGGAGAUGACAGAGGACAUCCGUUUAGAGCCAGAUCUCUAUGAAGCCUGCAAGAGUGACAUCAAGAACUACUGUUCCACUGUGCAAUAUGGAAAUGCUCAGAUUAUUGAAUGUCUGAAAGAGAACAAGAAGCAGCUAAGUCCCCGUUGCCACCAGAAAGUAUUUAAGCUGCAGGAGACAGAAAUGAUGGACCCAGAGCUAGACUAUACACUCAUGCGUGUCUGCAAGCAGAUGAUAAAGAUUCCUGGGCUCUACCUGGUUGUGCUGAGUCAAGAACUCUAG